CGUCAUCUACGCAUAUAAAAGUUAUCAGUUCGCAGUUAUUGCUGAGUUCUUCAAAGUGCGUCACAUAAACUAUGAUGGGAUAUUAUGCUUGGACAUGUGUCACAUUGUACACUUAUCCAACGCGUUAUCCGAUAUCUAUUCGACAAUAUUCGACAACACCCCGUGCCAUCUAGCGAGUGCUGUCUGUAAAGCACAAUGAGUGCUGCACGAAGUAUCUGCUCUCUGUUUUCCCGUCUAUCCAUACGUUCUCAUGUGCAAUCACGAAGUAUAUCGUGUGUGGCCUCUCCUUCAACUGCACCCACGCGCUCCCGCAAUAUUACCUCACGACAGAUGGUCUUCCCAGCUUUGUUACAACCACCGCUGACCCCUACAGCUCAAGCCCUUCGUUUCCGGUACUUUCCCAGGGUAAAAGGCGACCGUCACGACGGCCUCAUCUAUGACCCUGUCCUAGAACGGUACCAUGCCGCGGGCCCGCCCAAGCCAAGACCAAAAAAGAGGCAUCCAAUUGACAAUAAGCCAUUCAUGAAAGGUGUUGUAAUCAAGACGCUGAUAAAGAAGCCAAAAAAGCCUAACUCUGCCAAUCGUAAGUGUGUCCUGGUUCGGCUAAGCAACGGUAAAGAAGCCACGGCUUACGUUCCGGGCGUGGGUCACAACUUACAGGAGCACAGUGUAGUGUUAGUGUAUCGGGCAAGGACAAAAGAUGUGCCAGGACUCAAGCUGAAGGUGGUUCGUGGAAAGUAUGACUGCGCACAUGUCAUUCGUAAGCCUCAGGCAGGAUCCUAAUGCCAGUAGUGCUUGCUUAGUAUGUCAACGAGUGCUUUCUUGAAUGGGCUUGUGUGGUAGAGCAUAGCAAUAUUAGAUGAGCAAUGAUGUAUCAUUGUGAAAAAUAAGGUACUUCGAUAACUUCUGUAUUUUCCCGGCGUUGUAAGUUACCAUUUCAGGUUUAAGAUGCUAUCCUGUUUGAAAAAGACAGUGUGGUUGCACACAAGUCAGCUGGAAAACACUGUCAUCCAAAAAUCUAAGUUGUUAAAAUAAACACAUGAUACUGAAA